CUUCUAAUAUGCUUUGAGAAUGAGCUUGGAUUCUAUUCUUUUGGACUUACGCUUUGUCACUCUACUCAGAAACAGAUUAGGUUCAGACCACCUUGCUAACCUAUCCAUCGAAGAGCUAAUCGCCAAUUAUAAAGGCAACUUUACCACAAAUGAUGCCGUAAAUGGAAACAACACCAACACAUCCAAUAUUGAUAACGAUGCUGGUAAAAGUAGUACUAAAAGUCAGGGUUCUGAAGAUUCCUCGCAGAGUUUUUUAUCUUCUGAGUUCUUGAAGGAGCUUAUCAACCUACUAUUCUUGAAAAAUAUCAAUAGAGACGACUACUCCCAGAUUUAUAUCCUAUCGAAUAAUGAAAUAAACGAUUUAAAUGGUAUCAAUUUUUACUUGAACUCAAACUGUAUCAAAAUUAACUAUCAAUCGUCCAAUUAUUUAAUUAUCUUCAAACUCGGUAAUGCCUUUAAUUUUGUACUAAUUUAUGAUUUCCUUCAUAUAAUUUUAAUCAACUUUUCAAAUCUUGACCCCAUUUAUUUAUUAAGUGUUUUAAUUGAAAAAAAAAUGUUGCUUUUGAUUUCUUCUCUUGCUAAAAUUGCUAAAAAC